AGCAGAUUCAGUGUCGUCAAUGGGAAGCACGCGAGACGGUGGCAAAGCUAGUUACGGUCUAGAUUGAAAUCCACAGCUGCACCAUGCUCUCCAGGUCUCUCCCGUGUCUGUGGAUUACGUUUUGCCUUCAUUUAUGCUUUUAUGUAGACAGCGGUGAAGCACAGAAUGCGAAGGAAGUGAUUCUACUGGACUCCAAGGCACAGCAGACAGAACUGGAGUGGAUCUCCUAUCCUCCCAAUGGGUGGGAAGAGAUAAGCGGCUUGGAUGAGAACUAUACACCCAUCCGAACAUACCAGGUUUGCCAAGUCAUGGAACCCAAUCAGAAUAACUGGCUUCGGACUAACUGGAUAGAGAAGGGCAAUGCCCAGAGAAUUUUUGUGGAGCUGAAAUUCACCUUGAGGGAUUGUAACAGCCUACCUGGUGUGGUGGGCACUUGCAAGGAGACAUUCAACUUGUAUUACCAGGAAACAGAUUCAGAGGUAGGACGAAGCUUACGGGAGAACCAGUACGUGAAAAUAGACACAAUUGCAGCAGAUGAAAGCUUCACUCAGGGUGACCUAGGCGAGAGGAAGAUGAAGCUGAACACCGAAGUGCGCAUAAUUGGCCCCCUGUCCAGGCGGGGCUUCUACCUGGCCUUCCAGGAUGUAGGAGCGUGCAUCGCCCUGGUCUCUGUAAAAGUUUAUUACAAGAAGUGUUGGUCUAUCAUCGAGAACCUGGCCACGUUCCCAGACACCGUGACGGGAUCAGAGUUCUCCUCACUGGUGGAGGUCGAGGGUAUGUGCGUGAGCGAUGCCGAGGAGGAAGCCGAUAACUCUCCUAAGAUGCACUGCAGUGCUGAGGGGGAAUGGCUAGUGCCCAUUGGGAAAUGUAUAUGCAAAGCUGGAUUUCAUCAGAAGGGAGACGCAUGUGAACCAUGUGGUCGGGGUUUCUACAAGUCUUCCUCGCAGGACCUUCAGUGCUCUCGCUGUCCGGUGCAUAGCUUCAAUGACCGCGAAGGCUCCUGGCGCUGUGACUGUGAGGACGGCUACUACCGAGCACUCUCUGACCCUCCGUCUGUGGCGUGCACAAGACCUCCCUCUGCACCACAGAACCUGGUCUACAACAUCAACCAGACCACAGUUAGCCUGGAGUGGAGCCCACCGGCUGACACCGGCGGUCGCAACGACGUCACCUACAGGGUUAUAUGUCGCCGCUGCAGCUGGGAACCCGAGGAGUGUGUUCCGUGUGGGCUAAAUGUGGGAUACUCUCCCGCGCAGUCAGGAUUAGUGGACACUUACGUGACCGCUGUGGAUCUGCUCGCUCACGCCAACUACACUUUUGAGGUGGAGGCUGUCAACGGGGUGUCUGACCUCAGCCGCACGCAGAGGCUGUUUGCUGCAGUUAGCAUUGCUACUGGCCAAGCAGCUCCGUCCCAGGUCAGCGAGGUCAUCAAAGAGAGAGUGCAGCAGCACAGCGUCCACCUCUCCUGGCAGGAGCCCCAGCAACCCAACGGUGUCAUCACAGAAUAUGAGAUCAAAUAUUAUGAAAAAGAUCAGAAGGACCGGAUUUACUCUACUGUGAGGUCAAAGUCCACAUCAGCUACGGUGAACAACCUAAAGCCCAGCACAGCCUAUGUGUUCCAGAUUAGGGCUUUCACAGAAGCAGGAUAUGGCACCUUUGGGCCUAGACUAGAGAUAACCACCAAGGAAGAGGCCACAGCUGCAAUCGUCUCUAGUGAGCAGAACCCCGUCAUCAUCAUUGCAGUGGUGGCCGUGGCGGGGACCAUCAUACUGGUGUUCAUGGUGUUUGGCUUCAUCAUCGGGAGAAGGUACGCUCUCGCGGGCCCCAUUGACUCUCCGCUCCUGCACUGCGGGUACAGCAAAGCUGAUCAGGAGGGAGAUGAGGAGCUCUACUUCCAGUUUAAAUUUCCAGGCACCAAAACCUACAUUGACCCCGAAACCUACGAGGACCCGAACAGGGCUGUCCAUCAAUUUGCCAAGGAGCUGGAUGCCUCUUGCAUUAAAAUCGAGCGGGUUAUUGGAGCAGGAGAGUUUGGAGAGGUGUGCAGUGGCCGACUGAAGCUGCCUGGAAAACGGGAUGUGUCAGUUGCCAUCAAGACACUCAAAGUGGGAUACACUGAGAAGCAGAGGCGUGACUUCCUGUGUGAAGCCAGCAUUAUGGGACAAUUUGACCAUCCUAAUGUCGUUCAUCUGGAGGGAGUCGUGACGAGAGGAAAACCAGUCAUGAUUGUCAUCGAGUACAUGGAGAACGGCUCAUUAGAUGCUUUCCUCAGGAAACACGAUGGCCAGUUCACAGUCAUCCAGCUGGUGGGAAUGUUGCGGGGUAUAGCAGCGGGAAUGAGAUACCUUUCCGAUAUGGGAUAUGUCCAUCGUGAUCUGGCUGCACGGAAUAUCCUGGUCAACUGCAAUCUCGUGUGUAAAGUGUCUGACUUCGGCCUGUCGAGGGUGAUAGACGACGAUCCCGAGGCUGUCUACACAACAACCGGUGGAAAAAUCCCUGUCCGGUGGACUGCACCAGAAGCUAUUCAGUACCGUAAAUUCACCUCUGCAAGUGACGUGUGGAGUUACGGUGUUGUCAUGUGGGAGGUUAUGUCGUAUGGAGAACGGCCUUACUGGGACAUGUCCAACCAAGAUGUCAUUAAGGCAAUAGAGGAAGGAUACCGUCUUCCAGCCCCCAUGGACUGUCCGCCGGGUUUACAUCAGCUAAUGCUGGACUGCUGGCAGAAAGACCGAGCCGAACGCCCCAAAUUUGAUCAAAUAGUUGGCAUCCUUGAUAAGAUGAUACGUAACCCUAACACACUGAAAACCCCAGUGGGAACGUGUACAAGACCAAUUAGUCCCCUGUUAGAUCAGAGCACACCAGACUUCACUUCUUUCCGCUCAGUGGGAGAGUGGCUGGAAGCCAUCAAGAUGGAGCGAUACAGAGACAACUUCACAGCAGCUGGCUACAGUUCCUUGGAAUCUGUGGCCAGGAUGUCAAUCGAGGAUGUGAUGAGCUUGGGGAUCACUCUGGUGGGCCAUCAGAAAAAGAUCAUGAGCAGCAUACAGACUAUGAGAGCCCAGAUGCUGCACCUCCACGGCACAGGUGUCCAGGUGUGACGAUCUCUGACAGGCUGCCUUCGGAGAGGGCGAGAACAAAACUUGACUUGGGACAUAAAUGGAAUAAUUGUCAAAGCAAACAGACGUAUGAUGUCUGACUCUUCUGGCUGUGCCUGGAGUGAAAUCAUUCCUUUGUUUCUCAGUGAAUGAUUGUGGUCCGCCUCUUUAAAGGGCACUAAAGAGAGGAAAAGGGCAAAAAACGGCAACAAAAAAGAAACUACCUGGAUGAGACAAAUGUAUUUUUCCCUUCUUUUUGUAGAAGCGCGUACAAACUAAACCACAUAUCAAACAGCGCAUUGGAAAGGAGUUUGCCGCUUAUAUUUCUCUUUAUGUGCACACGUUGUCUAAGGAUUUCCUUUAUACGAACUACAACACCUUGAAGCGGUUUUAGUUGUUUGUUUUUUUUCGUUUUUCUUUGUGUCUGCCACGAUGACACGUUUUGGCACAUAUAAAAGUUCUUUUUCCUCUCCUCUUUGGAUGUGACAACAGGGUAACUCUUUUAUCCAAACAGAGACAGAACUUUUUAGGUGCAGAUUUCAAAGUACUUUUUGUACUGGACUGUUUGCAAUGACUUUUGUUUUCCUUCAUGUGCUGUUGAAGUGAAAAUAUUAUCCUCACACGCUUGUUUUGCAGCCUGUUGGAGUGGGUUCUUGACCUGGUUUCAAAUUUUCAGCAUUUUUUAGCAAACAAUUUUCUGAUGAGUGCAGCACAGAUGGAGAUGCAGGAAGCAAACUGUUCUUUAAAUCACCAGAAUUUUUUUCUAUCAGAGUAGCAAUAUCCUUCAUCUAUCCUUCCCUUAGUGUUCACUAUGGGAUACACUUGGUUGUUGAGUAGAAUGUGUCAGCACGUUUGAAAGAUUGUAUUGGAGUUGCAGCUGUGCUUUGCCAUCAUUUUGCCUAAAAUGUUUUACAUAGUGGUUGUUUUGAAGAAUUGUUUAGCUGCGAGUGCGUUCAAGAAUUGACGAGACGUAAUACUGCCUUAAAAUGUGUUUAAGUAUUGCCACUAUUUUAGGCACUUCAAUGGCAUUGCUUUCUGUGGCUCAUUUCAGUGUUGUACUACUUCCUUUUUUUGUGUGUUUGUUUUUAGCAUGAUGUCUUUUUAUCUUGAACUUGUGUGCACAGACUCUGUUUUAUGCCACAAGUGACACAGUCAGUGAGAAAGAGUUGGACUAAAAAGAGCAAUAAUUACCAGGUAGAAAUUGUCCUCGACUGGGACUUUUUAAGGUGCUAGAUGACAUAGAAAGCAUGGGUGUGCUAUUCUGAGACAAAACCUUUGGAAAGAUUCAGUCACUGCUGCAAAAGGAAACAAAUGUACCUCUUUGACCUGAAAUGGUUUGGAAAAAAUACCAUGCCAACUCAUCAAAUGAAAUAAUCAUGUUGUAUUUUGCCGCUAUGAUAUGUUAAACAUGUGAUGAGACUCUAACGUGGCAUGAAAAUGUUGAAUUGAGUGACUGCAGAGAUAAAACACUUAAAUGGUGCCAAUUAGCCAUGCUGACAUCAUUUUCUAACAAAAAAAAAAAAAAA